AUGUCUAAAUCAAGCAAGUCUCUCUACCCAGAAAUGAUCGAAUCAAAUCCAGAAUCUACUUCACAACUCUUACCGAACGCAGAUCAAAGAAGACCCACUUCGUCUUCCUCCUCAUCAUCUCUCUACCCUUCUAUUGAUUUGAAAGAUCUAGCCCAAAAUCUCUUUCCGGACGACGACAACCACGAUGUUCAAGUUGAGAUUCAGCAGGGUCCGGGCAGUCAGAGGAACAUAGCUUUUGAGUCAUCCGAGGAAGUAAUUAUCAAAAUCCCAGGUGCUAUACUGCAUUUGAUUGAUAAAGAGCAGAGCGUUGAGCUGGCAAAUGGACAACUCUCAAUCGUUAUGCUCCGGCUGGGUGAUAACGUCGUGGCGGUGCUCGCUAGGAUCGACGACAAAAUUCAGUGGCCCUUGGCUAAAGAUGAAGCUGCAGUCAAGCUUGACGAAUCCCAUUAUUUUUUCACUUUACGAGUCCCACCCGAAAGUACUGACGGUGUGUGGAGUGAAGAGAAUGUUUUGAAUUAUGGGCUGACAAUCGUUGCAAAAGGGCAGGAAGGAUUGUUGAGGGAGUUGGAUGGGGUAUUGGAGAAGUACAGUGCAUUUAGAGUGGGGAAGGUGGCGGAGAAAGGGGCGGCUGAAGAGACAAAAAUGCCCUUUAAUUCCGGUCAGAUUUGUGCUUAA